UACGUAAAUUCUGGACCUCCAGCCAAUUGCUGCGUCGAUGACCAUGGAGCAGUGUGGCGAGGCGCCACGACGCAAGCGGAAGAGCAGAUUCAGCGAUGCCCCUGCAGAUUCAGCCGCGCCAGCAUCCAAGAGACCCGCUGUGGGUACCGACACAUCUCCCGUGUUGGACCCCGCGGCGCUAGCGCGCGCCGCAGCUGCUAAGAUAUCUCGCGCCAUCCCUGGAUCAUCAGUAACAACAGCGCUCCCCGUGCCAGCAGCCGUGCCUGGAAGCGCAGCGGUACAUGUAGACCCGGAGGAACUAAGCCGCAUUGAACAGGAAAAGCGACGACGGACAGAUCAGAUCUACAAGUCGGUGCAGAGUCAAAUGAGCCACAUCAAAGAGCUACUGCGGAAGCCCGGAGCUUCUACGGCUGCCGUCGCUGCAUCCACUGCGAUGCUGAGCGCUCGUGCUGCUGGCAGCGGUACCUACAUGCCAGCACCAUUACUUCUGGAUGAGCAGGGACGAGAGAUUGAUGCAGCAGGGAAUGUAGUCGUCAAGAAGCCAAGCGAAGCGACACUCAAGGCCAAUCAGGGAGCGAGGGGUAGCGAUGCUGCCAAAAAGAACCAAAACCCAUACCUAUCCCAUCGCACAGUGGACGAGGACGAUAAACUAGAAGCAGUGGAUCCCCGACUCAAGGUUACCAAGCGAGAGACACGUGCUCGCAAGACCUUUAAUUUCGUUGCACAAGGCACUUACGUGAAGCAGGCAGAGCAGGUUCGCGCUCGUGAUGCCAAGAAGAUGAUGGCUGGGUUCACGUCGGGACGCAAUCCGCGAGGAUACCAGAAGGAGUCAAUUGUACCAAUCGAUGAAUCAACCGAGCCGACCGAGUCAACUCCAGAGGAUGAUGAAAAGUCCAGCGAAAUGGAGAUUGACAGCGUGGAUGUUCCGCUUAAACCUGAGAUGUCUACUCCUGACGUCGAGUGGUGGGAUGUGGAGUAUCUCCCCAAGGACAAGCGUGCUAUUGUGGACAAGUUUGGAUUUAUCAAGGCUAAAGCUCGCAAGGAGGACCCCGAUGUGACAGUCUCCUACGCUGACAUGAAACUCAAGUACUGUGGAACUGCGCACGUUUGUGAGCACCCAGCGCGGCUCAAUCUGAUUACCAGACAGGAUAACAAACCCGUAGCGGUGCCACUCAUGCUGACUGCUGCGGAACGCAAGAAGAUCCGUCGUCAAAACCGCGCAGACCGGGAGAAGGAGAAGCAGGAUAAAAUCGCGCUGGGCUUAUUGCCACCACCAGAGCCAAAGGUGAAGCUGUCAAAUAUGAUGCGUGUGCUGUCCGAGCAAGCUGUGGCAGACCCGUCGGCCAUCGAGCGCAAGGUUCGCGAUCAGAUAGCGCAGCGUGAAAAGAACCACGAAAUGCGUAACUUGGCACGCAAGCUUACGCCCGAGGAGCGUCGCGAGAAAAAACUCCGCAAGAUUAAAGAGGACGCCGCUGGAGACAUCCAUGUGGCGCUUUUCAAAGUGCCGGAUCUUUCGAACCCGCAACAUCGCUUCAAGGUCGAUGUCAAUGCGCAGCAGUACCAUCUCACUGGCGGCGUACUAAUCUGCAAGGACAGCAACAUCAAUAUGGUGGUAGUGGAAGGAGGCAAGAAGGCCAUUAAGCAGUACACGAAGCUCAUGAUGCGACGCAUCGACUGGAACGGGGCGCGCGAGGCCGAGCAGGAGUCGGACAGCGAGGACGAGGACGCAGCAAAGCGUGGCAACGGCUGUCUGCUGGUCUGGCAGGGCGUGGUGGCUCGCAAGGCGUUCAACAACUUCCGCUUUCAGGAAUGUCGGACAUCCGCCACAGCCCGCAAGGUCAUGGAGGCCAAGAACGUCGUCCACUAUUGGGAUCUCGUCGAGAAAUCUGCGGAGACUGCUGCUGCCGAGCCGUAACUAGCGCAAUAGAGCGUCAAUAUGAAAUGCAACAGAGGUAGAUUUUUACUGUCA